CAGCACACAAGAGGACUACAAGAUACUGAUUUUUUUUGUCUGUCAACCAACGUCAGUUUUCAGUAGUAACACAACAUAAACACUGCCAUAUUGUUUAUUAUACACUCAGGACAGUGCUGUUUCUUUAAAAGAGGCCCCAGUGUCGCACUUAACGGCGGCUGUGUCGGUUGGAUGUGACCAGCAGGGAGCUGCACAGCCUGGAAUAAAUAAGGCAUUCCUAUCCAUCCCUCUGUCCAUCCCCUCCCUCCCUCCCUCUCUCCUCUUGGGGCUGUAUAGACCCUUGAGAGUCCUCCCCCUCCCACUCUUCCCCACCACUGCUACCCCCUUUCUUACUCCCCUGCCCUCUGAGACUUUGCUGCUGCCCUUUAUGUUGCUGAGAGCGCCAGGGAGAUGCUCAGAUUAUCCAUUGGGCCAUCUCGCACAACAUCGUCGGUAGCCCAAGACAGUGAAGACUAACAACAGAGAGUGUGACAGAGCCCUUGGAGGGGCUGCGAGUACCCUGUGAGGCCCACCCGCACACCAAGCCUGGCUGAAAGCUCGGCUUGCCCCCUCAUUCCUCCAGACUCUGAGAUGCCCUCUCCUCCCAAUGAAGGAGAGGAUCAAGGAGCGUCCCCCGUGAACGGGCCAUCUGUGGGCUCCUACCAGAGCAGUGGGAAGAGGAAGGUGCGCACCAAAAAGAAGAAAGGCACCAUCUCCGCCAACAUCACUGGCACCAAAUAUGAGAUUGUUCGUAUAGUAAUCAACGAGGUGGACUACAUCAAGGCCCGGGAAGAUGAUGAGACUGCCAACCUCAUCUGGAAUGACUCGGCCGUGCAGCAUGAGAGAAUCGCUGAGCUCAGGAACUAUCAGAGAAUUAACCAUUUCCCUGGCAUGGGCGAAAUCUGCCGGAAAGACUGCCUAGCAAGAAACAUGUCCAAAAUGAUCAAGUGCCAGUCUCAAGAGUACAGCUUCAUACCCAAAACCUGGAUCUUCCCCGCAGAGUACACUCAGUUCCAGAAUUAUGUCAAGGAGCUACGCAGGAAACACAAGCAGAAGACCUUCAUCGUCAAACCCGCCAACGGAGCCAUGGGUCACGGGAUCUCACUUAUCCGUAACUGUGAGAAGCUGCCAGCCCACGAGCACUUCAUCGUUCAGGAGUACCUGGACAAGCCCUUCCUGAUGGAGGGCUACAAGUUUGACCUGCGCAUCUACGUCCUCGUCACUUCCUGCGACCCACUCCGCAUUUUCCUCUACAACGACGGCCUGGUUCGCAUGGGCACAGAGAAGUACCAUGCACCCAGUGAGGCCAACCUGAGCCAGCUCUACAUGCAUCUGACUAACUACUCAGUCAACAAACACAACGAGAACUUCGAGCGAGACGAGACAGUGGACAAAGGCAGUAAGAGGUCCAUCAGCUGGUUCAACGAGUUUCUCCGCGCCAACGACUACGACGUGGCCAAGUUCUGGGGAGACGUCUCUGAGCUGGUGGUGAAGACCAUAAUAGUGGCAGAGCCCCACGUGCUGCACGCCUAUCGCAUGUGUCGCCCCGGACAACCACCAGGGAGCGACAGUGUCUGCUUUGAGGUGCUGGGCUUCGACAUCAUCCUGGGACCGCAAACUCAACCCUGGCUACUGGAGAUCAAUCGAGCUCCGAGCUUUGGGACCGAUCAGAAGAUUGAUCACGAUGUGAAGAAAGGGGUACUGCUCGAUGCUCUGAAACUCCUCAACAUUCGAGCCAGUGAUAAGAAACGCAACCUGGCCCAGCAGAAAGCAGAGGCUCAGCGCCGGCUCUAUGGACACGGCUCCGUGAAGAAACUCUCAGCUGCUUCCUCAGACUGGGAGAAACAACGGCACACACUGGAGCGCAGGAGAGAGGAGCUGAAAGAGAGACUGGCACAGGUCCGCAAGCAGAUCUCCAGGGAAGAGCAUGAAAAGCAACAUCUGGGCAACUACAGACGUAUUUACCCCCCAGACGACAAGCUGCUGUUGGAGAAGUAUGAAAGCCUGCUCUCGGCCGCCUUUCAGACCUUCCUCGCCGGGCGAGCUGCCUCACUUCAAAAGGAAAUGAAUAAUCCUCUGAAACGAAUGAAGGAGGAGGACAUAUUGGAUCUGCUGGAGCAGUGCGAACUGGACGAUGAGAAGCUGAUGGGCAAAACCUCCAGGCAACGAGGCUCGAAGCCAAUGACAGCCAUGCCAGAGAGCAGUCAGACUCCCAGGCGUCAGCGGCCGGACUACCUGGCUGACUUCACCAGUGGCAGCAGUGGCGAUAACUCCUGCUCCUCCUCAGACGAAGAAGAGGAGGAGAGGAGGAAAGCAGGAGGAGGAGAGAAGAGGGAGAAGAAAGUUUCCUAUGACCUCGGGGAGAGCAAGGAGAAGAACUUGUCUGAGCGCUCAGGUCGCAUGCACUGGAAACCUCCAAUCAAGUCACACAAAACCAGCCCCGCCCCCUCAGCUUCCCCAACACUUUCUGGACCAAUCAGGCGCUCAAUCUCCUGCCCUCGAUCCAUCGCCUCCCUCUCGUCGCCCAAUGAGGUGCGGUCGUUGUCCUCCAGGCCUUCUCCCACAGUUCCCGUGGCCACGCCCCUCGUCAGGCCGAGCUCCGCCACGCUGCGCUCUCAUUCACUGAGCCGCAGUGGCUCCGCCCACCGUGUCCCUCACAGCAACAGCCUGGGGACCAUCCACUCCAACAUCGGCGAUCCGCUGAUAAACCUGAGGAGUAAAGAGCAGGAGGACGAGCUGGUGCGUCAGACUCUGGCCGCGCUCACCGCCAUGAGGAUCAGGUUUCCGGGAAAAACCGAGGAGGAGGCUGAGGCUGUGCUGGAUGAGAUGCACGACAACUGGAAAUACCAUAAGUCAAAGGUGGCUUCCUAUUGGCUGGUAAAGCUGGACUCUACUAAACAACGAAAGGUCUUGGAUAUUGUCCGUACCAAUGUCCGCUCAGCGCUGCAGCGGAUCUGGAGGGAGCCUGACGUAGACAGUCUCCACCUCUACCGGCUCUUUAACCGCGUCUUCAACCGGCUGCUGUGGAGCCACGGACAGGGCCUGUGGAACUGCUUCUCCAACACUGGUUCUUCGUGGGAGAGCGUCUUCAGUAAGAGCAGCGAGGUGGUGUCCCCGCAGGAGCUGCAGUGCUGCCGCCGGCUGGUCCAGCUGUGCAGAGACUGCCUGGUAGUCGUCUUCAAGUUUGUCUCAGAGUCCCGCGGCUCUUUGACCGGACUCAGCCCCGAAUGGGACGACACCAGCUUACCAUUUGCUGCUGGACCAGCCUCUACCCAUGGCUCCACCACACCUGCUGCUGUCGCUGCCGCUUCUUCCUCCGUCUCUUCGCCCCUCAACGCAGGUACUGGAACGCUGUUAGCAGGAGCUGCCUCACUGCUCUGUCUCGGUGGAAGGUGUCAUAGAAAAGUCUUAGAAAGAUACUGAAGCCUAUACCACGGAAUGAUAGGUAUCUGCUGCCAGUGACCUCUCAGUUCAUCAUGAAGUGGCCUUCGUCCAACUUUGGCCGCAUCUCCUCGGCCAGGCUACGCUCACGCAGCCUUUUCGCCGCCAGGAUGGGCCACUUCUGAAGUCACCAUGGCAACUCUGGCUUUCAACACCUCGCUUUUUGACCUCAAUCCCUCUCCCCUGACUCUCACCCAACCACUCUGAUCUCAGCAAGUCCGGCGCCACAACCUGGGCCUAAAUCUUUGAAAGAUCAACAAAGAAAGUCCGGAUGAUUUGGGAUUUCUUAAGGGCCUCGUUCAGUUUAGACCUAGACCAGCAGACCACCCGCACCCCCGACCCCAGUUACAUCAGACAAUGGGUUUCCCCCUUAUCUCAUUGUAAUUGCUGUAUUAUACUUACUCAAUGUACAGUUACAAGUCAUGGUACUGUAAAAGAAAAGGAUUACAACUACUAAACAAUGCAAGGAUUAUGUAUGUUGUAAGGUAUUCCAUGAAUGCAGUGAAUGCAGUGACGCAGAAUGCAUAUGGAAUGAUAAACAAAACUAUCCCUUUUUUGAUAAAGUGGAUCUAAAAAAAAUAAAAAAGCUUAUUUUUGCUGGCUGUAAUUAGUUAUAUUAUGUCAGAAUUUUAUUUAUUUAAUAACUUAUAUCAGAGGCUUUAUGUUUCAACAGUCACUUUAUGUUUCAGUUAUUACAGUGGAGGUGGUGCCCAGGGAACUGUGUAGCUUCUGAAUGCUAACGCUUCAUGUUUUACCUGUGUGAUAUUAAGGGCAGCACUGUAAAGCAACGCAAUGUUAAGAAUGUCAAUGUAGUAAAGCCAAGCCUCUUUGCCUCGUAGAGAGAGAGCUGACAGCGGCCACAGCGCAAAGGGCCAAACUCAAAUGUUAAGAGAGCACCCAGUUCCUAAUAUGCACUUUGCAGUAUGUUACAGAAAGAAGAAGUUGGUGCACAUUUCAGUAGUGUUUGCAUGUUUAGAAUGUAGUCCCUCGCCCGGAUUUAGUGGUUAGAAGAGCUGCGCUUGGAAUAUACUUGAAGUUUUGUGUUGUCAUUAUUAAUUAUUAUGUCUUUGUAUCGCCCCUCACUCAGAAGGAGAGUCUUUUAGAUUUGUAGUCUGGAGUACAGAUGUGUAGAAGAUAAUAAGGAUUUGUUGCAUCACUUGCAGAUUGUGCGGCACGUUGAAUGGCUAAUAGGCCCAAAUGUUAUGUACUGUAACCACGGUGAUUUGCCAGGGACAAGCAGCCGCAGCCUUUUUUUUUCACCGCACUCUAGGUACAAGUGCCAGGGAGAUUGUGGAUGUGCCAAUAAUAACACAUCUACUUCAUGUGUUCAGUUGGGUUUUAUUUAAUGUUAAUAUAUCAUAAAACUACUGUAGGACCUCAGUUAAGUACAGUAUUUAAUGUCAAUAGGGAGAAACGCAGUGUUAUAUGAUUUGUAGUUUACUUGGCUCUGUGUACUACCCCCCGACCCCCCCCCCCCCCCCUCCCCUUUGAUAAUACUAGACAUUUAAAGACAGCAGUGUUUCAGCACACGGUGCAUUCUCUAAGCCUGACUAACAAGUGUAGCAGCAAUGCUACGCUAAAUCUACUCAAACCCCCCCAAUACACUGAACAUCACAAUGCCAAAUGUCUUUUUUUGCCUGAUUUCAUUUGUGUUAAGAUAUUAAGUAUUUUUUUCAUUAAAGGUGAGAUAUUUUACAUAGCAAUAAAAAGUUUAAACACA